UUGGCUACUGAGAGGCGACGUGUGAAGCAUGAGGGAGCAGCCUGAGCCCUGUCCUCCAGCCUCCCUAGUGUAAGCCUCUGCCCUCCUGCCAGCAUGGAUGGGCUCCUGGUGGUCUUCCUCAUAUCCCUGGGCAUGUUCCUGGGCUGCUUCCUCCUGGGUUUGAUCCCUUUAGCAGUGAAACUUUCCGAGCAAAAGCUGCAGUUUGUGAGCGUCCUGGGAGCGGGCUUACUGUGCGGGACGGCGCUGGCCAUCAUUAUACCAGAAGGGAUUGAGCUGCUGGAAGGCUCCUCCAGAGGUCCUCCGGUGAAGUGUCUGAAUGUGGUGCAGAACACCAACCUGACAGAGACAACAGAGGAGGAGGUGGCCCAGAUCAGUUCCGUCCCCCCACACUUCUAUAUCGGGGUCUUCCUGGUCACUGGAUUUGUCCUCAUGUUCAUUGUCGAUCAGAUCAGCAGCUACUACUCCUAUCAUGAUCCCCGGACUGGGAUGUCGGCUGGGACCAGUAUAACCGCCACACUGGGCCUGGUGAUCCACGCUGCAGCUGAUGGAGUUGCCCUCGGAGCAGCAGUUGCCUCCUCCCAGGUGUCAGUACAAGUCAUUGUCUUUUUUGCAGUCAUAUUACAUAAGGCGCCGGCAGCGUUUGGUCUGGUCUCCUUUCUGAUGCAUGCGGGAUUAGAGAAAAAGCAGAUUCAGAAGCACCUCCUGGCGUUCUCAGUAGCCGCUCCGCUCCUCACAAUUACUACCUAUUUAAUUCUCAGUAUGACAGGGGGCUCCCUCCAGCACAGACUAAGCGCAACUGGAAAUGGGAUGUUGUUUUCAGCCGGGACUUUCCUUUACGUGGCGACUGUUCACGUGUUACCAGAGAUUAGCGGCAGAGGGAACCAUCAACACCAUGGAACUUCAGAAUACAGACCUCAAGGCCUAGGACUGUGGGAGAGCCUGACGCUGGUGGUCGGAGCCUUCCUCCCAGUGCUGCUUUCCUUAGGACUUCACGACGGCUGAAAAACAUCUGGAACGUCCGCGCCUUAAGUAGUGUAUGUAGUAGAUGCUGCAGUUUCUGCAAAAUGCAGAACAGUGACCAGUGAAUGAAGAAUUCAGUCCAUCGGACCAACUUUUUGUACAUGAGAUUUAAAAAAAAAAAUGUAUGGGAUAUCCUGGACAGGGUGUCCUAUCCUAUCAUUGACCUAGAAUGAAGGGCUAGGACGAUACAGUUUUUAAUUAUUUUUAGCCAUUAUUUUUGUAUUGAAUGUUUUUAGCCUAAAACUGCACAGUAAAAAAUUGGAGUUGUUCAAAACAACCAAUGAGAUUCCUGUUUGGUAAAAGUUGCAAUUUGAUUGAUCACGAACAACAGCAACUGGAAGAAUGUUUUUUAAAAAAUUACAUUGGGCUAACCUGUAUGGAUCAUCAGCUUUAAUCUAUAGUAACAAUACUAGCAUUUUUAGGAAAAUACUGUACUUCCUUUACCUUACUCCUUGUUGGUACCACAUACAGUAAGAAAAGGGAAGUACCCAGAGGGAGUGCCCCAUGCAAACGUGAUUUAGUUCUGGCCAUAAAAAUCCAUCUUGUACAUAGUGCCUUUCUAAUUGUAGUAAUAAUGUAGUAAUAAUAUAAGAGUUGUAUACUUCCAACAUUUUAAGUUGUAAGAAUUCUGCACUAAUUGAGAUUAUGGGAUGUGCUCAUGGACUUUUCCUAGACCACAUUGCCCAAGUAUUCUUGUAGUUGACUUUGUAACAAAGAGCAGCUCUCACUGUGGAGGACCCAAUAUGGUUGUGUGUUACUUGGAAAGCCAAUAGGAUUUCAGUGGAAGCUGUGUAAUUCUUCAUUUCUCCUGUGGUGGCGCUGUAGGAAAAUUACUGUCAGAUUCCCAUGCAGAUCACUGCCGAUUGUUAGCGGUCAGUUCCAGUAGUUAAAAACACUUGCACCCAAUCUUCUGGGGCCUAGUUUGGACCUAGUGAAGCCUCCACAGCCAAAUCUUACCACCAAUCAGGAGGAACGUUGUGAUUUCAGAUUGAGAUUUUGUUUCUAUGCUUUUUAAUUAUGGAAAUGAGUCUCAGGGGAAAAUGCACUUUACCUGUUUUAGCAAAGUCGAAUAAAUUAAUCCUACUUAUUAUAAACCGUGCCUAAUACCUCUAAACUGACUACAUGCAAUAUCAUUUACAAUUACUAUAUAUCGUUGAAGAAUCUAGGUGUAUUCCAAUUUUUGCCCCUUUCCUUAAAGGGGUACUCCACAGCUCAGCGUUUCCGAAUGCUAGAGCUGGUGCCGAGAGCUUGUGAUGUCAUAGCCCCGACCCCUCAAUG